AUGAUUGACAACGCACUCAAUGUGAGAAUUGCUGCCGCUAAGGAGCGAGGGCCCUCUCUGGGCGACAACCAUCACGUUUUGCAAGCAGAUCAGAUCUCGCCCACAAUCAAGUGUGCAGAGCUCAAGGAGCUCAACGACAAGCUGGAGCUCUUUGCGGAGGACCUGCUAGGCACGCAUCAAAAUGUCAAUUGGGCAAUUGCCAACCUGCACAAAGUGACCUGGGCAAUUCUUGGCCAGCUCCAAUUCCAGCGGUCUUGCCUGGGGGACGCUCCAGCAAGAGGCCUCCCAGAAACCUGGUUGCAAUGGCAAGGCAUGAAGCCUUGUUGCAACAGCACAAGCACAAAUUUGCACCUCUUGAGCUACUUUUGGCAGAUUCACGCAAAGCAGUCAAGCAGCAAACCUGUGAGAGAUGCCAGCUUUGCUGCCCUUCAGCAAGAGGCGGCCGAGAACCUGGCCGCCAUGAUGCAAGGCAUCCAAGCCUUGGCAAACAGCCACAAAGAGGACUUUGCCAAGCUUGAGCAGCGUGUAGUGGGCCUGGCCUUGGCUGACCCCAAUGCCAAUCAACUCACUUUGCACAAUGUGCAACAAGAGUCGGCCGAGAACCUGGCCGCCAUGAUGCAAGGCAUCCAAGCCUUGGCAGACAGCCACAAAGAGGACCACGCCAAACUCAAGCAGCCCUUGGCGGACAGCCACAAAGAGGACCACGCCAAACUUGAGCAGCGUGUAUUCAACUUGAACAAGACGGUCAAGGCACAGACAUGCGAGAGCAACCAGCUUGAGCACAAGUUCGACGGUUUGCAGGAGAAGAUGAUGGACGCCGUCUCUUCCACCGUCGCAGAGGCUUUGAGGCUUCAUCGCCUCAACGUGAGCAAUCUGGAGAUGCAAGUAAGCAGCCUCGCCGCCACCACUGCCGCCACCAUUGCCGCCGCCACCACCGCCGCCACCACAGCAGCAGCUGAGCAGCUCAGUCUUGCUCAGUUGGAAAUUUCUGCUCUCCAUGAGCGCUUGGAGAAGAGUGAGCGCAAGGCCGCCAAGGCCACUGCCAAGCGCACUGUCCUGGCAGCCCGCAUCGCUCAGAUGGAGGCGGACAAGGACCAGGAGCUGGCAACUCUUCGGGCCAAAGUCGACACGGUCUGCGCUGCCGUCAACACCGAGGUCAGCGCAAUCGGUGAAGCAAUCACCGACAUGGACUCUCGCUGCUCGGCUCUGGAGGUAGCCUCCACAAGCGGCAAGCCCACGCGCAGCUGGAUUUUGCCCAUUGUCUGCCUCUUGGCAGUGGUCGGUCUCUGCGGGGUCUGCGCUUACACCAAUGCAAAGGAGCCGACGUUCUCUAGCUGGCUCAAGGCGCUAGACGAGCUUCCAGAUUACCUCGAGCCGACGUUCUCUAGCUGGCUCAAGGCGCUAGACAAGCUUCCAGAUUACCUCGUUAGGUUCUGGAAUGGGCCGACCCCAUUGCCCACCCUCGGACAGCUGGUCAAAGAUGCAGUGCUGGACAUUGUUGGGAAGACGCCAAGUCCCACGCCAGCGGUCACCUUCUCGUCUCUGGCCCACGACAUGGGCUCGACUGCAAAGGCCACGCUGACGCGCCUUGCGCAGCAUACUGCACCUCACCUUCUGGCCGUUUGCGCUUUCCUUGGCCCUCUGGUGGAGAAGACGAUCUCUCGCACAAGCGCUCAAUUCGCCCACUGCGUGGAGAUCAUCUCUUCGCUGGCCAAGGCGUUCAAGCAGUGGAUUGUCCGCCUGGCUUUUAUCCUUGAGCUUUAG